UUAGUGGUGGUGACUUCCUCCUCUUGCAGUGAGAGAGGAACAGGAACUAAAGUGAGGGUUACUUCCUGAAGACCAUCUGAAUUUAGGGUCAUUGUUGGCUCAGGAAGAGCCAGGGCACCAGUGGACAGCCCAGGAGGAGAUAUGAAGGUGGCAGUGGACGGCUCAGGAGCAGAUAAGAAGGUGGAGGUGGACGGCCCAGGAGCAGAUAUGAAGGUGAAGGUGGACGGCUCAGGAGCAGAUAUGAAGGUGGAGGUGGACGGCUCAGGAGGAGAUAUGAAGGUGGAGGUGGACGGCCCAGGAGCAGAAAUGGAGGUGGCGGUGGCCGGCCCAGGAGGAGAUAUGAAGGCAGCAGUGGACGGCUCAGGAGCAGAUAUGAAGGUGGAGGUGGACGGCCCAGGAGCAGAUAUGAAGGUGGAGGUGGACGGCCCAGGAGCAGAUAUGAAGGUGGAGGAGGACGGCUCAGGAGCAGAUAUGAAGGUGGAGGUGGACGGCUCAGGAGCAGAUAUGAAGGUGGAGGUGAAUGGCCAAGGAGCAGAUGUGACGGUGGAGGUGGACGGCUCAGGAGCAGAUAUGAAGGUGGAGGUGAAUGGCCAAGGAGCAGAUGUGACGGUGGAGGUGGACGGCUCAGGAGCAGAUAUGAAGGUGGAGGUGGAUGGCUCAGGAGCAGAUAUGAAGGUGGAGGUGAACAGCCCAGGAAGAGGUUCAUCUGGAGGUGGUCUGUCAGUCACUGAAGCUGGAAGAAAGUCAUCUUUGACAUUUUGUGGUGAUGCUCUCAUCAGCAAGAUGUUGUUGAGCAAUUGUGGCAGGUCAUAG